AUGCUUUAUCUUGUACAACGCGGUAAAGUACGUUCUCAGGUUAUAAAUGUACCUGAAGGUUUACCCGAAGUUCUAUCCGAUAUCGCGCGCGAGGUGCUCCGCUGUCAACCGACUACGGAGUGUUUGUGUCAAUUUAUUAUCGACUACAUGCAUUCAGUAAUUAUGGCUCGUGAGAAAGCCCUUGUAGCUAAAAGCAUUAUUGAUCGCGCUUUAACUGCGGUGGAUGAAGUCAUUGCGGAUAUGUGUAUAUGCGAUAUUUCCAAAGAGAAGUCGGAAGUAAUGUGCGCAGCACUUGAAGAGUGCUUCCAACGUUUCUUGGCUAAACGUCGCUGUGAACAGGGCAGACGGGAAUCAAUUUUGAAAUUUAAUGAAAUUGAUUUACUGGAUGAAUUAAUAAUGAAAUGUGGAUUUUCAGAGAGCGAAUUAAAGGUGUCGCGACCCAUUAUUGAAGCUGCCUAUGAGAAGUUUGUAGGCAUAUAUAUGACAGCGCAGCAGAAUGCUGAAAGUACUGAUGCUUUGUAUCAAUAUUUCCGAGAACGUGAACGAAAACGUGCCGAUGAACGUAGACGUCAAAUAGCAGCCGUAAAAAUACAAGCAUGGUACCGCGGCUCUCAUCUUAGGAAAUCGUUGUAUAACAAUGGUCUUCUAGUAAUAGAAGAGCCGCAUGAAGAAAGUUCAGAGAGCGAUGAAAUGAUAUUAGUAAAAGAGAUGGCAGCUCGCAAAAUUCAACAAUUCUUUCGCAAUCGUCUUAGUAGUAUGCGCCGUAAGGAUUCUUCUCUGAAAAACCUUGAAGAACUUUGCGAAUUUAAAUCAAAAGAUUCUAUGUCUAUUCAUCCAUCCCGUUACGAUUUUCAAAUUGGAGAGGAGGACGAAGAUCAAAUCGUUGAUAAAACUGUUCCUGAAAAAGAUCUACCGACGGAAAAUACACCAGAAAGGGCUGAAGUUCCCAAAUUAAUGGAUUCAAGUAGAGAAACUGUUACUGAAGAUGCGGAAAAUGCCUAA